GUCGGGCUCUCCAUGCCGCAGAAAGAAGCUUUUAUCGGUCUAUUUUAACUCAAGUACCCUGAGCAGAGAAGCGUUAUCUGUUGCUGCCUAACUGGCUAGCAAACACAGGGCUCACACUGACGGGGGAAGCAGCCAAUAGGAUCCUUCGGAGGGGAGUUCCGCUGGCAGCCUGAGCCAAUCAGAGGCGCCGCUGCCCCUGAAGGCGGGAAUGUGCAGCAGAAUGUUUAGAAACUGGUUUCCAGCUGCUGGUUCAGAGGAAGCUGAGUGACGACGCCGACAGUUCCUGAUUCUGAUCACUGGACCGUUCCGGGUCACAGCUGAGCCGGUUCUAGCUGGACUGGUUCUGGUCUGGCUGCUCAUGCUGGUUUGGGUCGCCCCUCACUGAGCCCCACUGACACCACUGAUAAGGUCAAGUGGGUCAUUCCACAGCAGCCCUGAGGCCCAGACUGAGACUGGAUCAGAACCACGGCUCCAGAACCUCGACUGGGAAACACGUUUCUACUGCAGGAAGUCCAGCCAGGACCAGGCAACUGUUGACCAGGUUCUGUCAGGACCCGGUUCUGAUGACACCAGGGAAGUGUCGUUUGGUUUGAGCCAAUCAGCUUCCAGAGGAGCUGAGUCCUGGUUUGGUGUCAGGACCGGUUCUGAUUCCGUCCCAGCUGGACCGACCGGACCGGAACCAUGUCCUCCGGUAAGAAUAAGGGCCAGAACUCGCUGACCCUCCACAAGGUCAUCAUGGUGGGCAGCGGCGGCGUGGGGAAGUCGGCGCUGACGCUGCAGUUCAUGUACGACGAGUUCGUGGAGGACUACGAGCCCACCAAGGCAGACAGCUACAGGAAGAAGGUGGUUCUGGACGGGGAGGAGGUCCAGAUCGACAUCCUGGACACGGCGGGGCAGGAGGACUACGCCGCCAUCAGGGACAACUACUUCCGCUGCGGCGAGGGCUUCCUGCUCGUCUUCUCCAUCACCGAGCAGGAGUCCUUCACCGCCAUAACCGAGUUCAGGGAGCAGAUCGUCCGGGUGAAGGAGGAGGAGGCGAUCCCGCUGCUGGUGGUCGGGAACAAGUCGGACCUGGAGGACCGGCGCCAGGUGAACGUGGACGACGCCACCGCCAAGGCGUCCGGCUGGGGCGUCCCGUACGUCGAGACGUCGGCCAAGACCAGAGCCAACGUGGACAAGGUGUUCUUUGACCUCAUGAGGGAAGUCCGUAAGAAGAAAAUGGCGGAGAGCAAAGAGAACGGGCCGAGCGGCGGCAGGAAGAAGCGGCGCUGCUGCGUGCUGUAGGCGGAACUGAGCGCGCUCAGACCGCGGCGCUCGGCUCCCGUUUAGCUCUGCUCACAUUCCGGAGGCUCUGAAACACUCGUCUGCACCCUGAGUGACCUCUGACCCCGUCUCCAAUCAAGCUUCGUGUUAAACUAAUCAUGCCACAGAAUCGGACUCUAAGGGAACUCGGCUUCAAGCUUCUCUGGGAAAUAGGAAUAUUAUUAUUAUUAUUGUUAUUAUUCUGCACCAACACUCAUUAUUGUUUAUAUCUGAUUAAAUCAAGUUCUGUUAGAAAAACA